AUGGAUUCAAAAGAAUUUCGCCGGAGAGGCCGAGAGAUGGUGGACUACAUCGCAGACUACUUUGAGAACAUUGAACAGAGACGGGUCUUCCCAGAUGUUCAACCAGGAUACUUGAAGGAACUGGUGCCAAGUGAACCGCCUCAGCAUCCUGAUUCAUGGGAUAACAUCAUGAAUGAUAUCACUAGAUGUAUCUUACCCGGGAUCACAAACUGGCAGCAUCCACAUUUUCACGCCUACUUUCCCAGCAACAACUCCUACCCCUCGAUGCUAGCUGAGUUCCUGGUUGACGCGUUUGGAGCAGUUUGUUUCUCAUGGGCAUCCUGUCCAGCUUCUACAGAACUUGAGGUCAUUGUCAUGGACUGGAUAGCCAACAUGAUUGCACUUCCUAAGAAGUUCCUCCACUCAAACGGUGUCGGUGGAGGAGUGACUCAGAGUACAGCAAGCGAGUGCAUUCUCAUCAGCAUGCUGGUCGCCAGGCACAAAGCCCUCAAGAAUCUAUCUCACCUUCACCAAAAUCUUGAACCAGGAGUUUUGCUAGAUAAGCUGGUGGCCUACCGCUCAAAAUACGCUCAUUCUUGUGCGGAAAAAACUGGGAUGUUGUCAUUGGUCAAAAUGAGAGAGUUGGAUGUAGAUGAAAAGUUUUCAUUGCGAGGUAACACAUUGGAAAAGGCAAUUCAGGAAGAUAAGAGGAACGGAUUAGUACCGUUCUAUGUUUUUGCAACUCUGGGUACAACAUCAGUUGUAUCAUUUGACAACAUUAAGGAAAUAGGCGAAGUUUGUAGCAGGGAGAAGAUAUGGCUACAUGUUGACGCAGCUUAUGCUGGUUCAGCCUUUGUGUGUCCCGAGUUUAGAGUAUACAUGGAAGGAAUAGAGAACGUUCAGUCGUUUGACUUGAAUCCACAGAAGUGGAUGUUGAUGAACGCCGAGUGUUCUGCCCUCUGGAUUGACGACAAAGAAGCCCUAAUAGACGCCAUGACAGUCGAUCCAUUAUACCUUCAACAUAAUCAUUCAGAUAAAACUGAAGAUUUUCGGCACUGGAGCGUAACGUUGGGCCGCAGGUUCAGAUCUUUGAAGAUGUGGGCAGUUCUCAGAUCCUAUGGAGUUACUGGACUGCAAAAUCACAUAAAAAAUCACUGCAAGAUGGCAAAAUAUUUUGAGACUCUAAUGUUGACAGACGCCAGAUUUCAAAUAGUUGGACAGGUAACCCUUGGCCUUGUCUGCUUCAAGCUGCGAGACAAUCAGCUGACUGAGAAGUUGCUCAGUUCCUUGAAUUCAUCAGGCAAGAUGCAUCUGGUUCCUGCAGCUGUUAAUGACGACUACAUCAUCAGGUUUGCCGUAUGUUUCCAAAAGAUAAAUGAAGACCACAUUAGGAAGUCUUGGGAAAUUAUCAGAGACACGGCAACGAAAAUCCUUAACGACACUGAGUAA